AAGCUGACCCGUGAUUGGUCCGUGUCUCUGCGCGUUUACCUUGAAGUGUUUCUCUUUUACACCGAGCUUUUAUUGUUCCUCUCUGUUUGAGGCCAAAUUGAUUUAGCUUUAGUUCUUCUCCGGAUUCGCGCCCCAAACAACCGACCCAUUACAAUGGCUGGUGGCAAGGCAGGAAAGGACAGUGGUAAAGCCAAGGCAAAAGCAGUGUCCCGCUCCCAAAGGGCUGGACUUCAGUUUCCUGUGGGUCGUAUCCACAGGCAUCUGAAGACCCGCACUACCAGUCAUGGGCGAGUAGGAGCUACAGCAGCUGUGUACAGCGCUGCCAUUCUUGAAUAUCUCACAGCUGAGGUGCUGGAGUUGGCAGGAAAUGCCUCCAAAGAUCUGAAGGUAAAGCGUAUCACCCCCCGCCAUCUACAACUGGCCAUUCGUGGAGAUGAGGAGUUGGACUCUCUCAUCAAGGCUACUAUUGCUGGAGGAGGUGUGAUCCCUCACAUCCACAAGUCUCUGAUUGGGAAGAAGGGCCAGCAGAAGACUGCAUAAACACCAUAGUGUUGGGGCUGGACUCAAGGACUUGUGUUCGGACUGUGAUCAGAAAAACUUGCAUUUGUUUGUUUAUCCGUUCUUUUUCAUUUUCUUUUUUAAAUUAAUGUCCAUGUUGUAUUAGCUAACCCUGAGUAAUUUGUUAGUUUAUCAUCAACAAAAUUAGUUUAAAACCACCAGAUCCCUGUGUCAAACCUAUUUUAGACAUGCAGGAAUUGUGAUUUUUGUCCUGUUAUGAAAGUGAACUUGUUUGAUUGGCUAGAGUUAUGGAAGUGUUUUAUACUGAAAAAUGGAACUGAUAAAAACACAUUUUUUACAAAAUA